GAUUUUUACCCAGAGAGUGGUGGGUGCGUGGAAUACACUGCAGGCUAUUUGUGUGAGAGUAUUUCAGUUACAGUGGGGCCAGGAGCCCGUGCUGCUCAGUGGGAAGAGGGAGCAAUACCAAUGGCGAGAGUCAAACUGAGCCAGGUCGCAGAUUGGAGAUGGGAGAGGUGCCCCAUUCUUAAAGAGACAGGAAGAGCAUCAGAGAGUUUGAUGGUCAUUCCAGUACCAACACUGUGCCCAGUUAGAAGAUGAUUUCUCUCUCCAACUCGGGUUGAACUUCACUGUAAGAGUGUGUUGCCAGAUCACACCGUGACAACUCAAGUGAUCUCAUAUGAAAAGUUGCCCCACACACAUUGAUGGAUUUUGUAAAUCUUUUUACAGGCUAAAAACAAGGAAUUUAUCUACGGGAAUCUCAAACACAACAUGCCAAUUUUGCUGUCUCUGUCCAGAUAUUUAAGAAGUGGAGCAAGGGAUUCACUCGAUCAUCCUUCCUGCUCAGGCUGUGGGGAGGGAUUCACUUGGUCAUCUGACCGACUGGCAAAGCGGAAAUUUUACACGGGGAGAGGCCGUUCAUUUGCUCAGACUGUGAGAAUGGAUUCAGUGGGUGUGCUGUCUUUAUGACAGUUAUUUAGUUUAUAAUAUUUUCGCUUAGUAAUUCAUUCGAUAGUAUUUUCUAGUUAGAAUUAGAAGUGUUUAAAGUAUAUUCAUUGCAUGUAAAAUAUAUCGGCAUGCGAUGACGUCACAUCCGGUUUCGCCGCGUCUUGUGGGAAAAUACCGGUUUGAAAUUAGCGCGAGCGUGGGGGCUUACCAAGAGGCUCACCUGAGCAGAAGUAGUUUUGCAGGCAUGAGAAAUCACAGUGAGAGCAACGCUGUAAGUUAAUAGAUAAUCGAUAUAUUGAACUAAGAUGUUAAUGCCGAUCCUGUUAGAAGUAACGACGGUAGAUAAUGUUUAUGCUUUCGUUAGUUAAAGAGUCGCGGAUAGUUUGCAUGGAAGUGUAUUUAAAGUAGUCAAUGGAGCAGGUAAACUCUCCCUGUAUACUGCACCUUAGUGUAAUGUAGUUAUAGUCACCUUUGCAAGUAUUUACACUUGAAAUGUGAUAUUAAGGAAGGAACAAAUACUGUAUCAAUCUUGUAUUGUUUUAUCAACAGUUUUCACCAUAUGUUAAUGUAAAGAGUGAACAGUAAAUGGUUAAUCUUACUGUGAUCUGGUCCUUAUUAACUGGUUUAUCUCGACGUUAAAUUCGGCGUUCGUUACACGCGAAGGAGAACGUUACAGUGGGUCUUCUCAACUGACUGUACAUCAGCAAGUUCACACUGGACAAGGCCAUUCACCUGUUCUGUGAGUGAGAAGGGAUACAGUCGUCUUCCCACCUGUGGAAACACCAGUCAGUUCACAGUGGGCAGAGGCUGGUCAUCUGCUGAAUUUGUGGGGAAGGAUUCACUCGGUCAUCUGACUUCAUGGCUCACCAGCGAGUUCACACUGAGGAGUGGCCGUUCACCUGCUCGGAAUGUGGGAAGGGAUUCACUUCGUCAUCUCAACUGAAGGUACAUCAGCGAGUUCACACUGGGGAGAGGCCGUUCAACUGCUCAGACUGUGGAAAGGGAUUCACACAGUUAGCUAACCUACAAGCACACCAGUCAGUUCACACUGGAGAGUGGCCGUUCAACUGCUUAGAAUGUGGGAAGGGGUUCAUUCGGUCAUCUCAACUGAAGGUACAUCAGUCAGUUCACUCUGGAGAGAGGCCAUUCACCUGCUCAGACUGUGGGAAGGGAUUCACACAGUUAACUGGCCUGCAAGCACACCAGUCAGUUCACACUGGCGAGAGGCCGUUCAACUGCUCAGACUGUGGUAAGGGAUUCACACAGUUAUCUAGCCUGCAAGCACACCAUUCAGUUCACACUGGCGAGAGGCCAUUCACCUGCUCAGUCUGUGGGAAGGGAUUCACUCUAUCAUCUUGCCUACUGACACACCAGUCAGUUCACACUGGAGAGUGGCCAUUCACCUGCUCAGACUGUGGGAAGGGAUUCACUCGGUCAUCUCGCCUACUGACACACCAGUCAGUUCACACUGGAGAGUGGCCAUUCACCUGCUCAGACUGUGGGAAGGGAUUCACUCAGUCAUCUCGCCUACUGACACACCAGUCAGUUCACACUGGAGAGAGACCGUUAACCUCCUGUUAAUGUGGGAAUGUAUUCACUCAGUCAUCUAACCUUAUGUAACUCUCACUCUGGCUAGCAGCUUAAUAUAGGGGGUGAUAGCCCCCUAGCUCGGCCAAAUGUGUGUGGAUGCUGCGCCGCGUCCCCUGUUACAAAUCAAUACCCCAAAAUAACAAACAGUACACAAGAUGUGAUUCAUAAUUCUUACUUUGACUAUAGGGUUAGUAAAGUAAAAAAAAAAGGGCCAACUCUCCCCAUUUGUGGCUUCUCAUCUCUCCACAGCAAAAGCCCAUGAAAUUCUCUCAUUCAGACUCACAAGAAAGAACAUUUCUGUCAUUGGAUAGCCCAGCACUCCAAAACCCUGUUAUCUCUAGUUGUAUCCUAAACAUUGCUGCUGCAGAGAAACCACUACCUCAGCAGUGAAACAUUACAGAGAGGUCAUUACAUUAGCAAUGAAACCUUACAGUGUGUUACACUUACAACACACUACCGGGUUCACACAGGGGAGAAAGUUUCAAUAAGAUUCAUGCUGGAUAUUUGUCCAUCACCAUUGCUGAAUGCUAUUUUGAGAGUGAUUGUAAGUGUUGAACUCUGCAAUUAUUGCUGCUGCUCACCACACCCAGUUCUGCACCCUGGUCACUGGGCAUGGGAGGAGUUUCUUCUGCUGCAUAUUCACCUUUAAUGGGACUAGAUCUGUGACAAAUGAAUCAGUUCUAUCUUAAGCACUGUCUCUGUUACUUAGUGAAUUUAUAACACACCUAGUGUACAGUAGAGAGUCAACUCAGGCCGGCUGAACACUGCCAGUGAUUCUGUUCCACAACAGAUCUUUCAAAUCCUCCCCUGUUGUUCACCUCUCACUCUCCCUGGGAUGAGGUCCAAAUAGUCAUCACUCUGUGGGUGAAUAUGUUUCCCUUGAAUUUCUUGCAGACUGAAGAAGUCGAGCUGACUGCGCAUCUGUCUGAGAUGUUCUUUGCCUCUCUAAUCUCUGGGCUGAGGAAGAAUGACAUUGGGAUUUAACCUCCUUAAUCACGACUCAUGUCCACAUUAUGGGUCACUUUCCCCACUUCUAAAAUGUUGUUAGCGAACACCACUGUCCUCUAAAGACUGAAAGCAGAGUGGGAAGUCAUCAAUUGGAUUUUCAAUGAAGCUGGGUCAGAAACCAGAGGCAGGUCUGCACAGAGCAGAGUUUGGGGCCCUGGACGAUGUUCGGGGUAAGAACGUAUGAUGAGGAGAGGGGAUUCAGCAACAGGGCAUGUCAACGAAUGACAUUUGGAAGCAGAUUGACAGAGAAAGUAAUUAGGUUAUCUGACUGACGACACAAACACUACCUGUGGUGAGGUGCUCCACUGGUUGAGGAACAUGUGUGUUAGGAAUGGUUUUAUCUAUUGAGGGAGUUGUUCCUGCUUGUUUAUCCUGUAAUAUUAUAACCAGAUGGAUUGACCUAUCUGAAAUAAUGUAUUGAUGAUCAUAUAAUUUGCAAGAUUUUGGCUCUAAAACUGGAUCAGGCUUGAAUUUAUGGUGUUUUCAUGAGGUGAUGGAGGGCAUUCAUGAGUUUGUAUUUUAAAGCAAGAUUUUGGUGAAUGAUAUUUGCCACUUGAUUGUACCUGUGUAAGUAAUCAGAUUGAGUUAAACUGCUGCAGGAUCCUAGAAUGUGUUGGACUGUGUCUGGUUUCUCUUGGCCUUUUCUGCACUUACUGCUUUGUUUGUUUGUAUUUCAUGAAGUUUCGAUUUGUUUUACUUUUGUUACCCACCUCGUCCUGUAUUUCCGCAAGGAACUCCUCUGUUUCUGGGAAGAAGUCUCCAACUCUCAGUCAGGUGCUCGAUGCUUCCUUGUCACCAUCUCGUCUGCUCAGAUCAUUGGGAUGUCUCCCAUGGAGGGUCAUACACAUUUCACUGCUGGUUCCACCUGUUGGUGUGUCCUCUUCCCACCACCUCCAGGGAAGCUGCAUCUCCACACAAACUCCUCACUUGAGACGACUGUCUAUACCCGUGACAAAGGAAAUAACAUCUCUGUCACUCUAUUCCAGCCGCUACCACCAUAAAAGCAUAAAAGCCAGGACCAACAGGCUCUGGAACAGCUUCUUUCACCAGGCCAUCAGACUGAUGAACUGACGCUGACUUGAAUGUACUCUAUAUUACAUUGUCUGUUUUAAUUAUUAUAAACUCUUAUAAAUUACUAUGAUUGCACGUUGCACAUUUAGAUGGAGACAUACUCCUCAUGAAUUGUUGAAAUAAAGUCAA